GUGGGGAUGCGGGUGGGGGUGAGCUAUAGCUCUUUGACCUCUUAUAUUUUUGGUUGUUCAUAUUCAUACCAUCACAUGCAAUAUGCUGCAUUAUGUUUCUGUUUGCAUGUCCUCAGUUGCAGCUAUGAUUAGUAAUGAAUCAAUAUAUAGCAUUAGACAGGGGAAUAGUUCUUUGCAUUAACCAAUUGACCAUGCCAUAUGUGUAAUGUUGAUCGAGUACGUGUUUAUGCAGAUAAAGUGUUCGACCAAAUGCCUGGAUGGCUCUUUGAUUGCGUUAACCGAAUAUACGUGUUAAAUAACUGGGUUAUGGUGCUGCAUGUGGACGUAGAUGAUGACGAUGAUUAUGAAGUGUUCUUGGUUAAUGCUCAUUAUAUCCGGACAUAUAAGGUGUCCACCACAACAUAUAUAAUAAAGACACACGUGAACACAUUCUUAGCUCCAAGAAACAGAUAACCAUUUAGCUUCAAGAAGUAGAUAUACAGUUCAGGGCGUUGCAUGCAUUAAGAGAUAGCUAGAACAGAUUGAACAUAUGGUAUCAAUACAUCAGAACAGAUUGAACUAUCUAUAGUACGUGCUAUGGGCCUAUGGCAGAGAUCAGAUAGCUCCCUACAGUUGUAAACUAUUGUCUAUUGUUUACCAAAGCAUUGAGCUAGCCUACAUAUGUAUCGAUCUGAUAUACUGCACGUAUUACUAGCGAUUAUAGAUGGCUAUUGUAGUACUUCCAGUGAGUUUUUAAGUUCUUAGUCAGUUUUACUUUUACUGCCAUAAGGAUUAGCUGGUCAAUUAAACUUGGUUGCUAGGCUCUGUCGGUGAAACCUUACAUAAUCUUCACCCAUAUUUUACAUGUUUGAGAUUCGAAUAUUAGGAGGGACAAUGAUACAGGUUAUGACAUGGAGGGUAAGCCUUUGUUUAUUAUAAAUAUGAAUUCUAAGAUUCUAACACGUACCAGAUUAGUGAGCUUUUGAUGCUUCAUUUACAAGAAUCCAAAGCACAGUUUCAGUGGCUUCAGAGACCCACAGGGUGUAAAGCACCGGCCACCGAGUUUUGAAACUUCUCCAUCACCUAGCCACGUGCCUGCCUCAACAGGUGUCAUUGCUUGAGUUCAGUACCAAUCUGACUGGGACAAGCUUUGGAAUAGUUUCAUGGAGAUUUCUCUGGUAAUUGCCAAUGUUGGGUUUUUCAUAGUGUUAUUGACGUGGGUUUUGCUUGAUACACUGAGAAGGAGAAGAAGAGAUGCUGCUGAAAAUGAGACAUAUCUGAGAGGCCGAGGAAGCAGAGGAUACAGAGGUUUUGCUUUGAUAACCCUUAUUGCAAAUGCCUUAAUCUCAGUAUUCUAUGUUGUUUUUGGAAUUUAUGACUAUUGGAAAGGGGGAAAUGUAAGUUUUAAGUCAAUCUUUGCUGGUAUGACUUGGGUUUUGGCAACAAUAGUUACUAUCUACUCCAAAAACAGAGGGUUUAGCGAGCACAAAAGGUGGCCUUGGGUCCUCAUUUUUUGGUGGAUUUUUUCCUUCAUCUUCUGCUCACUUUCUAUAUGUCUUUACCUCAUUAGCCACUAUUUAAAAUCCACAAAGUUUGCAGAUAUCCUCCCAAAGGCUAAUAUAGUCGAAUUCGCUUCCAUUCCUCUGUCAUUGUUACUUUGUUGCAAUGCUGUAAGUUAUGUCCAGAAAGACAGUGAUCUCAAAGCACCAUUACUUGAGAAGGAAUUUGAAAUUCACAGUGAUAGUUAUACUUAUGCUGGUAUAUGGAGCAAAGUCACAUUUCGAUGGUUAAAUCCACUUUUCAAGAGGGGUCGAGAUCAAAAGCUGGAAUUACCUCAUAUACCACCUGUCCCUCCUUCAGAAAGAGCAGCAAAUGCUUCAUCUUUUCUCGAAGAAUCAUUCAGGAAACAGAAGAUGGAAGAGUCUUCAUUGCCAAGAGCCAUAAUUCGGGCAGUAUGGAAAUCAUUAGCAGUAAAUGCAGUGUUUGCAGGAGUUAAUACUAUUGCGUCAUAUAUGGGGCCAUUCCUAAUUACAAACUUUGUGAACUAUUUACUGCAAAAGCAUGAUGAUUCAAGCAUCCAUCAUGGAUUGAUUCUUGCAUUUGUAUUUCUCAUUGCCAAGACAAUGGAAUCACUGAGUCAAAGGCAGUGGUAUUUUGGUGCUCAGAUUAUUGGUGUACGCGUACGAGCAGCUCUCAGUGUGUUGAUAUACAAGAAAUCUAUUUCGAUCAAGUAUUCUGGUCCAAGCAAUGGGAAAAUGAUUAAUUUGAUCAAUGUGGAUGUAGAAAGAAUUGGAGACUUCUGCUGGUACAUUCAUGGAAUUUGGUUGCUUCCUCUUCAAGUCGUCUUGGCUUUGGUUAUCCUUUACAGGAAUCUCGGCGCUGCCCCUGCUGCUGCUGCUCUUAUUGCCACAGUUUUGGUCAUGAUUUGCAACACACCUUUGGCUAAUAUGCAAGAAAGGCUUCAUUCGAAAAUGAUGGAAGCAAAGGACUCACGAAUCAAAGUAACAGCAGAGACUCUCAAAAGCAUGCGCGUGCUGAAGCUGCAUUCUUGGGAAUCCACAUUCUUGAAGAAGCUACUUCAGCUAAGGGAAACUGAGAGGAGUUGGCUGAAGAGAUACCUCUAUACAUGCUCAGUAGUAGCUUUUCUCUUCUGGGCUUCACCUACGCUAGUUUCAGUUGCCACUUUUGGUGUAUGCAUUAUUCUGAAUAUACCUUUGAACACAGGAACUGUCUUGUCUGCUUUAGCUACUUUUAGAAUUCUUCAAGAGCCUAUCUACAACCUCCCAGAGCUUAUUUCCAUGAUUGCUCAAACAAAGGUAUCAGUUGAUCGUAUCAAAGAUUUUGUGAAAGAGGAUCAAUUGAAGCUAAUGUCUGGUGGCACUUCAAAUGAUUCCAGUGUCAUGAUUGUUAUUGAGACAGGGGAAUAUGCAUGGAAAACAAGUGAUCAAAACUUAAAGAAGCCUACAAUUAAAAUUGUGGAGAAGAUAGAGAUAAUGAGAGGAUACAAGGUUGCAAUUUGCGGUGCUGUUGGUUCCGGAAAGUCAAGUCUACUAAGUAGUAUACUCGGUGAGAUUCCCAAGAUUUCUGGGGCAGGAUCAAAGGUUUAUGGGACCAAAGCUUUUGUUCCACAAAGUUCUUGGAUUCAAACUGGAACUGUGAGGGAGAAUGUGUUGUUUGGCAGGAAGAUGAUUAAGGGUUAUUAUGAGGAUGUUUUGGAGGCUUGUGCUUUAGACCAGGAUGUCAAAAUGUGGGAAGAUGGAGAUUUAACUGUAGUGGGGGAGAGAGGGAUGAACCUAAGUGGGGGAGAAAAACAGAGGAUUCAACUGGCAAGAGCAGUCUAUAGUGAUUCUGAUGUAUAUAUCUUGGAUGAUCCUUUUAGUGCUGUUGAUGCACAUACAGGAACGCACUUGUUCAAGAAAUGUCUCUUGCAACACUUGUCUCUAAAGACUGUCAUCUAUGCUACUCACCAAUUAGAAUUUCUAGAAGCAGCAGACCUUGUCUUGGUAAUCAAAGAUGGUCAGAUUGCUCAGUCUGGAAAAUAUGAAAGUUUGAUUGCCGACCUGAAUGGUGAACUUGUCAGACAAAUGGCUGCACAUAGGAAUUCGUUAGACCAAGUUAACAGAUGCCAAAUAGAUGAUUCCUUAAAGAGUAGACCUCAUCAAGUUAAUCUGAUAGAGGUUGUAGAAGAGAAAGGGCCUUUCAACAAUGGCAAGCUUCCAGAAAAGAGUCACGAAGAAGAAGCAGAAACUGGUCCAGUGAAAUUGAGUGUUUAUUCCACCUUUGUGACUUCUGCUUAUGGAGGUGCUCUUGUCCCCGUCAUUCUUCUCUGUCAAGUCCUCUUCCAGGGGCUGCAAAUGGGCAGCAACUACUGGAUGGCUUGGGGAACAGAAAAGGAAGGUAGAAUUAGUAGAGAGCGAUUGAUAUGGGUGUUCAUUAUGUUGUCCGGUGGGAGUUCCAUCUUCAUAUUGGGAAGGGCAGUUCUUCUGGCAACUAUUGCUUUAAAGACAGCUCAGAGUCUCUUCCUUAAAAUGAUAACUUCAGUUUUCCGAGCUUCCAUCUCAUUUUUUGACUCCACUCCUUCUAGCCGAAUCCUGAACAGGUCUUCCACGGAUCAAAGCACUGUAGACAUGGACAUUCCAUAUAGGUUAGCUGGAUUAGCAUUUGCUAGUAUACAACUUAUAAGCAUCAUAGUUCUUAUGUCUCAAGUGGCCUGGCAAGUUUUCCUUCUUUUUCUCGUGGUUCUCGGACUCUCCAUAUGGUAUCAAGCCUAUUACAUUACCACAGCUAGAGAACUUGCGAGGAUGGUUGGAAUUCGAAAGGCUCCAAUCCUCCAUCACUUCUCAGAAUCGAUCACAGGGGCAGCAACAAUUCGUUGUUUCAACCAAGAAGAACGCUUUGUGAUGAAGAUAAUGAACCUUAUAGACGAUUAUUCUCGUGUAGCCUUUCACAAUUAUGCCACAAUGGAAUGGUUGUCAGUGCGGAUCAAUUUUAUGUUCAACCUUGUGUUCUUCGUUGUUCUUGUUAUUUUAGUGAGCUUGCCAAGGUCUGCCAUUAACCCUAGUUUGGCAGGACUGGCAGCUACCUAUGGUUUGAACCUCAAUGUUCUCCAGGCUUGGGUGAUAUGGAAUUUGUGUAAUGUGGAAAACAAAAUGAUAUCAGUGGAGAGGAUCCUUCAAUUCACAAAUAUACCAAGUGAGGCACCACUAGUCAUUGAAGAUUGUAGACCAAACCCUGAAUGGCCAACAGUUGGAAAAGUUGAACUUGAAAACCUUCAUAUUCAGUAUGAUCCAGCUCUUCCAAUGGUUCUCAAAGGGAUCAGUUGCACUUUCCCUGGACAGAAGAAAAUUGGAGUUGUAGGCAGGACGGGGAGUGGAAAAUCCACCUUGAUCCAAGCUCUUUUUAGAGUUGUAGAGCCCUCUAAUGGACGAAUAUUAAUAGACGGUGUUGAUAUUUCAAAAAUGGGCCUGCAAGACUUGAGAUCAAGGUUGGGAAUAAUUCCACAAGAUCCAACAUUAUUUCAAGGAACCAUGAGGACUAAUCUGGAUCCUUUGCAACAGCAUUCAGAUCAAGAAAUCUGGGAGGUUCUCAAUCAGUGUCGACUUGCAGAGAUGAUUAGACAAGACCAAAGGCUUCUUGAUGCUCCUGUUGCUGAAGAUGGAGAAAAUUGGAGCGUGGGACAGAGGCAGCUUGUCUGUCUAGCACGAGUACUCCUAAAGAAAAGGAGAAUACUGGUGUUGGAUGAGGCUACAGCGUCUAUUGAUACGGCAACAGAUGUUGUAAUUCAGGAGACUAUAAGGAGAGAAACAAGUGGAUGCACUGUCAUUACUGUGGCUCAUCGAAUUCCUACUGUUAUCGACAAUGACUUGGUUCUUGUCCUUGAUCAAGGAGAGGUUUUAGAGUAUGACUCUCCAGCACAAUUACUUGAGGAUGGUUCUUCUGCAUUCUCCAAGUUGGUGGCAGAAUUCUCGAGGAGAUCGUCCAUGAGCAACUGUUUCAGAGACAUAUCUUGAGUAUCUGGUUUUGAAAUGUGGAUGACCUCAACUACUCCAAACUGCCAAAAAAUUGCCCGUGUCUUUCGUCUCCCGAUCGAAAGUUUAUCUUUGCGGAGUUACGGGAUACGUUGAUCCCAUGAAGACUUAGGAAUCGAUGAGCUGGUAUUCUUUGCUGCAUAUAGCAUUCAUGGUUAUAAUGAUGCUGCAGUUGGGUCAAGUAGUAACCAUCUACAGCCUAAUUAUUAAUGGGAGAAGGAUGUAAUUGAGGUCGAGAAGUGCUUUAAGAAGGUCCUUAGUAGUGAAAAUUUGAAAUCCUGAAGAAGCAUGCUGCUGUUUUCGCAGGUCUCAAACAAAUGUACGUCUCACAAACUCAUUUUAGAAGAUUGAAGUGUACUGCAGUACAGAGAGUUUUCAUUUUUGACUGAAGCAAUCUCUCUUUGGUCUCAUGUAUAUUUGCAAGUUUAAUUAUGUUCUUAUGAAAUUAAAGCGUGCGGCCCAAAUUCAAGAGAGCAAAGCCCCGCAUUCUUUGUAAAUAAUUGUCAAGUUGUUACUCCUAUUUCCUUUCGGAGUACUUUUAUAGUUCAACCUUGAACCUUGAGAAAUUUCAUCGCCACUUUUGGCUCAAA